AUGGCUUCAUCCAGCACAACGUUCCUCGUUGUGUGUCUCUUAGCCUCGGUUCUGUAUCCAAUCAAGGCUAACCGAGGGGAAUCUGACAGAGAAAGCUUGCAUUCCAUGGGUCUUAUAUUGGUGAAACUAUGGUGUUUGAUCAUCAUGCUCGUGAGCACUUUCGCUGGAGGGAUGUCUACCUACUUCUUCCGCUGGAAUGAGACUUUUCUAGUGUUGGGAACUCAGUUCGCUGGUGGGGUUUUCUUGGGAAGUUCUUUAAUGCAUUUCUUGGGCGAUUCUAAUGAGACUUUUCGAGAGCUCACCACAAAAACUUACCCUUUUGCCUUUAUGCUGGCUUCAUCUGGGUACCUUCUCACCAUGCUUGGUGAUUGCGUAGUGGGCUUUGUCAGCAGCAAUGCCCAGACGAACCCCAAAGUGGAGGAACUGGAAGGAGGGACAGCAUCCCAAGAGCAUGAGCAAACCACGGAUCACUGCGCUGUGGAGGCAACAAACCCUAUGUUGUUGAAAACUUCCUCCAAGGGAGACACCAUUCUACUCAUCCUUGCACUUUGCUUCCAUUCGGUUUUUGAGGGCAUUGCCGUUGGGGUUGCAGGUACGAAGAGAGAUGCGUGGAAGAACUUGUGGACAAUAUCCUUGCAUAAGAUAUUUGCUGCGAUCGCAAUGGGAAUUGCUUUGUUAAGGAUGUUACCUAAGAGACCCUUAUUAACAAGUGCAGUAUAUUCUUUGGCCUUUGCAGUAUCAAGCCCCGCUGGUGUGGUGAUUGGAAUUGCCGUAGACGCGACAACUCGAGGAAGCACCGCAGAUUGGAUGUUUGCCAUAACGAUGGGCAUUGCUUCUGGAGUGUUCAUCUAUGUUGCCAUCAAUCAUUUAAUAGCCAAAGGCUUCAAACAGAAGGGGACAAGCCGUUUCGACACCCCCUGGUUUAGGUUUCUCGCAGUGCUUUCUGGUGUAGCUGUUAUUGCAGUUGUCAUGAUCUGGGACUGA